UCCAGUCCAGCCACAUCCACCAUCAACCUCAACGAGCUCUAAGCCAGCUGCUGCUCCUGCUUACUCCCAUCGUCGAUCAGUUCGUCACCGCGAACUAACCAAGACAUGGCUUCCGACGGCGUCAUCACGCACCGCAGCGUCGAGGUCAACGGGGUGCGCCUGCACGUCGCGGAGGCCGGCCCGGCGGGCGCGCCCGUGGUGCUGCUGCUGCACGGGUUCCCGGAGCUGUGGUACACCUGGCGGCACCAGAUGCCCGCGCUGGCCGCGGCGGGGUACCGUGCCGUCGCCCCCGACAUGCCCGGUUACGGCGACUCCGAGGCGCCCUCCGCCGGCCCGGACCAGUACACCGCGCUGCAUAUCGUCGGCGACUUUGUCGCGCUCAUCGACUCCCUCGGCCAGGAGCGGGUCUUCGUGGUGGGGCACGACUGGGGCGCCAUAAUAGCCUGGAGCCUGUGCCUGUUCCGGCCUGACAGGGUGAAGGCGCUGGUCCCCUUGAGCGUCCCCUUCAUCCCUCGGAGCCCGGCGGUGAAGCCCGUCGAUGCUGUCAGGGCUCUCUACGGCGACGACUUCUACAUCUGCAGCUUCCAGGAGCCUGGGGCAAUUGAAGCAGAAUUCAAACGCCUUGGUACGGAGUUGGUGCUAAGAAAGUUUUUCGCUGAUCGAACUCCUGGCCCACUGUUCAUCCCGAAGAGCGGGUGGGGCUCACCAGAUGAUGAGGUGCCCUUGCCGAGCUGGAUCACAGAGGAGGACGUCAAGUACUACACGACCCAGCUUGAUAAGUCUGGUUUCACCGGGGGAUUGAACUACUACCGGGCCCUGAAUAAGACAUGGGAGUUAACUUCACCAUGGACGGGAGCUGAGAUAAUGGUGCCAACGAAGUUCACAGUUGGCGACUUAGAUCUAACAUACAAUAUUGCAGGCGCAAAAGUUUUCAUUAACAAAGGUGGUCUCAAGAAGUUUGUUCCAUUACUAGAUGACGUGGUGAUAAUGAAAGAUGUGGGGCAUUUCAUAAAUGAACAAAAGCCAGAGGAAAUUAGUGCGCUCAUAAUCGGCUUCAUAAAGAAAUUCAACUAAACUGAAGUAUAUCGAAUACAUAAUGAAUAAGGUCAAAAUGUUCAUGAUUAUCGGAAAAUUUAUAUUUUGACCAUUGUAUUAUUGUGCUGAAAAAGUACGGACAUAUUUAUGUAAGUAUAUUUUUUACUGUCCACUACUUGUAUAA